UGCUUCAUCCCAUGAGCUAAGCCCUCCCUUUCCUGACAUCACUGUGAUCUCCCCUACAACUGCGUGAAAGCAGCUUAUCCUGGUGAGGACUGUGACGGACCAGCGCCUAUCCUUGAAUCACAGGGUGUGAGGCAGGACAGACAGAAGAUGACAGUUCUCCCCCUCGAUUGGAUGCCCGGAUGGGACCUAUCACGGGGUUUUUUUUCAUUUCCCUUUGUUACUUAUCUGUGUCACUAUCUGCCGAAGACGGCAGUGACCUGCUUUGCCUUUUUUUUAAAAUUCAGAAAUGAACAGAUGUUCUUUUCAGUGAAGUAUGAACUCUCCUUUUGCUGUGAUUCCUUUUGCAGAAAAGACAUAUGAGGCACUGUGCUCGGUGUAGCAAUGUUGCCUGACCACACAGCAACUCACUGAGCCUCAUUUCUACAUUCCCUACUUCCUGAGUUCCAACUGGCUAUUAUUCGAUUUUGUGGAGGUCUUCACACUAGACAAUUAUUACAAAGCGUAACAAGAUGUCAGAAGCAACAGGUCCAGUUUCGUUUCGUCCUGGUUCUGUUCCAGUCACGCCCUCGGAGUUCGGGACCUUCGACGACAUUGAUCUGAUUACUGAGCUGCCCACACACACAAAAAAAACCGCUUUGACGGGAGAUGGAUUAAGGUUUCAAAGUACAGCACGUCGGAAGGUUUACUUCCUGGAUUAUAUCCUGGUUGGAAACAUCAACAACAAACACCAGAAAAAAGCAAAUUUAAUGAGAACUGUGCAGACCUUUUCCACCUGACUGCUGUGGCAAGAUCCUACCAUGGAACAUUUAGAUUCCCAGAGGCGAGAUGAGGGCUCCCAGAAGAGAUCCCCCUUUGACUUGAUCAUGAAUCAGAUCCGGAGGAAGAAAUCCUUCACCGAGAGCCGUCAGCGGCCCUCAGUCAGCCGUUUCUUCUGGCCAUCCGAAAACUCGGAGAAAAGGGGGAAAGGCAACCCUGAGACGAAGGAAUGUGAGAGCAAAGAAAGUUCCCCAGCGGAGGACAAAGAAAAUGUUGGACCACAAACAGGAGGUGGUGACCCCGCGGACUCUGAUGUGUGCUCAGUGGUGGGAUGGGGUCGCGUGAAGCAGUUCGCCCAGAAACUGGGGAAGAGGCCGGACAGACAGACACUGAGUCUCAGCCACUGUGACCUCACGGCCACAGAUGUGGUGGAACUGGCAACAAUGCUUCCAUUCUUGGCACUAUUGGAGGAGCUAGACCUCUCCUGGAAUGAUUUAAUUGGUGGCUCACUAAAGGCUUUGACCUUUCACCUCCAGCAUGUAAACAAACUGAAGACCCUGAAGCUCAGCAACUGUAGACUUACAGUUGAAGAUGUCACAGCACUAGGAGAAGCGCUCGAUUACAUCCCGAUGCUAGAGGUUCUGGAUCUGUCCUGGAACAGCUGCAUUGGAGGAAACCUGCAGUGUCUCGCAAGGUGCUUUGUGCGUGCUUGCAAGGUGAAAGAAUUCCAUCUAGUGGACUGUCAGCUCACUGCAGAGGAUGCAGAAACUCUGGGCCAGGUACUGUGUAUGAUGCCUCACCUGGAGGUUCUGGAUCUGUCUGCCAAUAAACUCCUGGCUGGGGGUUUGAGGGAUCUGACCCUACAACUGAGGCACACCCCUCGUCUCCGAGCUCUCCGCUUGCACCUGUGUGGACUGCAGCAGGACAGCAUUCAUACGCUGGGCAGCGCUUUCCAGUUCCUCCCAGAUCUGCAGCAGCUGGACCUGUCGUGCAACAAGGAGGCUGCCGGAGGGUUUGCCCAGGGAGCUGCUCUGAUGAUUCAGCUGAAACACCUGCAGCUCCUGGACUUACACCUGUGCUGCCUGACAGAGGAGGACAUGGCAGCUCUUAACCAGGUGGCUCCUUCCCUUUGUGACCUCAGAGUGCUGGAUUUAUCAUCCAAUAAGAAGAUUGGUGGCGUAUCCCAACAGCUGUUUCCCUCCCUUCCACUGUCAAAGAUGAGGCAAAUUCUGUUGUACAACUGCUGUCUGACUGGAGACUCCUACCGAUCCCUAGCUGAAGCGAUGCAGCAACUGUGUGAGCUGGAGACUCUGAACUUGUCCUGGAAUAAGUGUGUGGGGGGGAACCUCAAGAUGCUGUUGGAUUCCUUGAAGCCUAAAUCUCGCCUGCAAGAACUGAAGCUGAGCAGCUGCAACCUGACCACAGAAGACAUGGUGCACUUAGCAUCUGUUUCACGUUCAGGAGCGCUCGUCCACCUGAAACAUCUGGACCUGACGUACAAUGACACGGUGGGGGACCAGGGCUGGGCCCACUUUUUCCAGAGGGCUGAGGGUCUGCGGGAGCUGGUGGAACUGGACCUCAGCCUGCGUCCCUCUGCCCGCCGGGACGCAUCCCCCUGGCUGGGCAGCCUGCUGAGCUGCCUGCCCCGCCUCGCUGCACUUGCUGACCUGGGCAUGCACCGCUGGGUCCUCACUGCCCAGCAGAGGGCCAGCCUGGAGGCCUUCAACAGAGACGGCAAGAGGAACAUCACUUUCAGCUGCUAUCAGUCCUCCACGGGGUCGGAUGAAGGGGAACCAGACAGCCGGCAUCUUGGGAGCACAAUAGAGAAAUGAUCAAAAAAGUGGAUGCUUGUCUUCCUUAAGUGAUAAUUCCACACUGAAAAGUGAGAAGACCGUUUCGGCUGUUGAACAGGUGCGAAUCAGCAGAAGGCGGCUCAACAACAGAACGCUCUUCAAGUGUUAAUAAAGGAAAACUGAUGGUCUAAGUCAUUUUUUAGCUCUGGAUAAUAGGGUUUUACGUCUCUAUAGUUUAUGUAUAAUGAUAUGUGGGGUGUUAAAUGAUUUAUGAUUUAGGCGGUUUUAUGCCUGCUUUUUAUGGUCCAGAACUGAAAGGUACGGUAUUUGACCCCACUGCUUUACAUAGACAAAUCAUUUUAAAAGUGUUUUUAAAUUCCAAAAGAUAGCAUUUUAUACCACUAUUUACCUGAAUUAAAUUAUGGGACUAAAAUUGUAAUCACAACAUUAUUUAUCCAGUGAAAAGGUAUCAUAUUUCAAAUUGUUUUUUGGAACUUUUCAAAUAAAAAGUGGAAAAAGGAUUGUGAAACUA